GCGCUAGGGGCGAGGCAUGGCUCCAGGGUCACGCCCCCAGCGGACUUGGGGAACCGCCCACCGCACUGCUCCCUCGCCUGGCGUAGGGCUGGGCGGUGGGAGAGUGGGUGAGAGUAAGAAAGAUGAAUGCAGAAAUGGCUUUACCCUUUAGCUAGUGGGGUGGCUUCCUUUUUUUCUGGCACAUUAAUUGAUUUUGGAUUUAUUCAAUCAACAUUUUAAAUACAGUCACUGUAGAGAUGAUUUAAAUUGUGGUAACUUCAUUGCAGAAGCUCCCAGGCAAAUGCGGGGAGAUACAUUUCUUUGGGUGCGGGGAGAUACAUUUCUUUGGGUACGAAGAAUAAAUGAACAAAUCAUGAAGAUAUUAAACUAUAAAUAAUUUUUGAAAGAAUCGAUGUUUGCAUGGAUGUGGAUACAACAGAAAACUAGAAUUAAAGUUUAUUUUCCUAGAAAGUGCUCCCUAGAUGAGUUUUUGAAACUGGUCGCAGAGGUUUUAAGUGGACUCCAAAAGGAACUUGAGAAAGCAAAUACCAAGGGAUAUACUGGUGAGAGUGAGCCAGUUUUGUGUCUAAGCCAGAAUUUUUGAGGAUGGCAGCUAGGGUUUGUGUCAGGAUCCAACGGCUGUACUUUGUUUCAGGGCUUUACUUCGUAUAUGGUGUACCAGGCUAAAGGCUUAGUUCUUUCUUGGGGAUAAUUUUUGUUUUUAAUAAAAGUCUUAUGAACAAUAAAAUUACAAGAAAGGAGAAAGAAAACUUAGAAUCUCAAUACUUUGAUAAAUCAACUGUCAACUGUUAACUUGGCUUCCUUUCUGAAGCUACCAUACGUCUACAUAGGACCUUGAGAUCAUCCCAUGAAUAUCAUAUAGGUGAUCAGAACAUUAUUUGACCUUUAGUUUGGCAUCGUGAUAAAAUUUCAUUUUGAAUUGAGGAAGCAUGCUUUUAUCUGGUUGAUGGACCAAAAAAAGUCAUCUUUUCUAAUGAAAAGAGCCUGUGACUUAAAAAUCCUUCCCACAACCACAAGCUAAAGUGGGAGAAAACAAACUACCUCACCUUUUCAACCAAGAGGGAGGAGCAAAAAUCAGUGAACUUUUACAGAAGAACCUGCCAGCCUGUGAUGAUCCUACCAAAGAGAAACCUCAAUGAGUUACGGAAUUUCCUUUUUGGUGAAUUGAGUGCUGUUUUUGCUUUUCUCAGAUUCCAAAUGAGAGUAUACAUUUUUCUUUGUUUGAUGUGCUGGGUGAGAUCUGGAUAUUUUUCUCUUUCAUCGAAAUCCAAACCAGUUUCUAGGAAGUCUCUUGAUAAUAAAAGACCAUGCCUUGAAUUCUCUCAGCUAAGUGUAAAGGAUUCCUUCAGAGAUUUAUUUAUUCCGAGAAUAGAGACCAUUCUGAUGAUGUAUACAAGGAACAACCUAAACUGUGCUGAGCCACUGUUUGAACAAAAUAACUCACUUAAUGUUAAUUUCAACACACAAAAGAAAACAGUCUGGCUUAUUCACGGAUACAGACCAGUAGGCUCCAUCCCACUGUGGCUUCAGAACUUCGUAAGGAUUUUGCUGAAUGAAGAAGAUAUGAAUGUAAUUGUAGUAGACUGGAGCCGGGGUGCUACAACUUUUAUUUAUAAUAGAGCAGUUAAAAACACCAGAAAAGUUGCUGUGAGUUUGAGUGUGCACAUUAAAAAUCUUUUGAGGCUUCAUAUUACAGAGGAAGAUUUAAAUGACCGGCAGCACUGGAGUCUCGAGAGAUACUCCCUUAUGUUUUGGGGCAUGGCUGUGAGAAAUCUGAAGAAAAUCAUAACCUUGUGCCUUGAAAGCCUGAGGAAGCAUGGUGCAUCUCUUGACAAUUUUCAUUUCAUAGGUGUUAGCUUAGGGGCUCAUAUCAGUGGAUUUGUUGGAAAGAUAUUUCAUGGUCAACUUGGAAGAAUAACAGGUCUUGACCCUGCUGGGCCAAGGUUCUCCAGAAAACCACCAUAUAGCAGAUUAGAUUACACUGAUGCAAAGUUUGUGGAUGUCAUCCAUUCUGACUCCAAUGGUUUAGGCAUUCAAGAGCCCUUGGGACAUAUAGAUUUUUAUCCAAAUGGAGGAAAUAAACAACCUGGCUGUCCUAAAUCAAUUUUCUCAGGAAUUCAAUUCAUUAAAUGCAACCACCAGAGAGCAGUUCACUUGUUCAUGGCAUCUUUAGAAACAAACUGCAAUUUUAUUUCAUUUCCUUGUCGUUCAUACAAAGAUUACAAGACUAGCUUAUGUGUGGACUGUGACUGUUUUAAGGAAAAAUCAUGUCCUCGGCUGGGUUAUCAAGCCAAGCUAUUUAAAGAUGUUUUAAAAGAAAGGAUGGAAGGAAGACCUCUUAGGACCACUGUGUUUUUGGAUACAAGUGGCACAUAUCCAUUCUGUACCUAUUAUUUUGUUCUCAGUAUAAUUGUUCCAGAUAAAACUAUGAUGGAUGGCUCGUUUUCAUUUAAAUUAUUAAAUCAGCUUGGAAUGAUUGAAGAGCCAAGGCUUUAUGAAAAGAACAAACCAUUUUAUAAACUUCAAGAAGUCAAGAUUCUUGCUCAAUUUUACAAUGACUUUGUAAAUAUUUCAAGCAUUGGUUUGACAUAUUUCCAGAGCUCAAAUCUGCAGUGUUCCACAUGCACAUACAAGAUCCAGAGUCUCAUGUUAAAAUCACUUACAUACCCAGAAAGACCACCACUUUGCAGGUAUAAUAUUGUACUUAAAGAAAGAGAGGAAGUGUUUCUUAAUCCAAACACAUGUACACCAAAGAACACAUAAGAUGCCUUCUUCCAUCAAAUGCACUUGCUUGUGAAUUAAUGGACUUGUAAAUGAAACAAUGCAAUCAGUCUUUUAUAAUGCACUGUUCAAUUUGAGAUUCAAGUAUUUCUAUUUCUUGGAAAAAAUUUUAAGAAUCAAAAAGAAAAUAAAAAAUGCAUACAGUUAAACAUUCCAAA